AUGUUCGUGGAUGAUCGGAUAGUAUCUCUGUUCAAAAGGAAUGCCCACCACACAUUGACUUACUGGAGUGUUUUCUUCAGCUUUGGACUGUGCAUCGCCUUCCUCGGGCCUACUAUUCUGGACUUGCAGUGUCAAACAAACUCCACGCUGAGCCAGAUUACAUGGGUGUUCUUCUCGCAGCAAUUCUGCUUGUUGAUCGGCAGCUCGGUCGCCGGCGUUUUCAAGAGGACGUUGUUCACCGCUCUGUCCGCUUUAUUUGUCUCGGCGCUCAUCAUCUCUGUGAUAUUUUCCAUCAUCCCAUUGUGCAACAAUGUCUUGGUGCUGGCCAUUGCCAUGGCUGUGUCCGGUUUGGCCAUGGGACUCAUCGACACCAUUGCAAACAUCCAACUAGUCACCAUCUAUCAAAAGGACUCUGCUGUUUUCUUGCAGGCUCUCCAUUUCUUUAUUGGCUUCGGCGCCCUGGUGAGCCCUCUGAUUGCAGAUCCUUUCCUGUCGGAGCACGGCUGUGGGAAUCACACUGGGAACGGGACAGUGAUCAUGCAUCAUUUCAGGAACAUGCUGAGAAACAGUCCUAUUGCGGAGCACAACAUCACUCAGAACUACUUGCCCCACGGGGGGGUAGAGGAAGAGUCCAGUGUGCACUAUGCCUUCUGGAUCAUGGCCCUUAUCAAUCUGCCUGUACCCCUCGCUGUGCUCUUCUUGAUGUAUCGUGAGCAGCUGAUACCAUGCUGCCCCAGCGGCACACCUCAACUGCUGGACAAAGAUGAACUGGCAAUGGAGAACCAGCAGGGAGCUGAGGGCACAGAAGUGGGGCAGGGAGCACAUGAAGCUGGAGGUCAUGGGGAUAUCUUUAGCUGCUGUCAGAAUGAUAACCUGCGCGGCUUGCCAGUAUCCUUCUUCAUGAUUCACAUCCUUGGUGGGAUGGUGCUCUUCAUGACUGAUGGUAUUGUGGGGGCAUACGCUGGUUUUGUGUACACGUAUGCCGUUGCAUCGCCCAUGUCCCUACCCCAUAAGACAGCAGGCUACUUAGCCAGCAUUUUCUGGGCGUCCAUCACCGCAGGUCGACUGCUGUCCAUACCUCUCUCGUACCAUUUCCAAGUUGUGAGACUGCUCAUGGUCAACCUGGCAGGUGCUAUUAUCACUGUGUUGCUGCUGCUGAUCUUCUACACCAGCAGUACGUUUUUGUAUGUUGGGACCUGUUUGUGUGGGCUUUUCCUCAGCAGCAUCUUCCCGUGCAUGCUUGCUUACACUGAAGACAUCCUUGAUUACCAGGGUUGUGCUACCUCAGUGCUGGUGACAAGUGCAGGAAUGGGAGAGAUGGUAAUGCAGGUUCUGGUUGGCUCAAUUAUCCAAACUGAAGGCAGCUAUAGCUUCCUUCUGUGUGGAGUGAUUAUCGCCAGCAUUGGUUUUAUCCUUUUUAUUGGUCUGCUGUUCUUCCAUCGGAUGCACAGAAACUAUCUCACAGGAACAACAAAAAAGUCCGCCAUGGUGGAGGAAGAAACGCCAGAAACUAAUGGAUUGCCCAAUGUCGAGCCAAAAGAGGAGGCACAGAAGAGCUGA